GAAUGAAACAUCGUAAUUCUUUUCAUCUUUGGUACCACCCAUUUGGAUCGUAACUCCGUUAUCUCUGACCUCUACAUUAGUUCAUUUGGCCGUAGGACGCGUGGCUGUAAGAGACCAAGAUGGGUCGGCGGCCAGCGAGAUGCUAUCGCUACUGCAAAAAUAAACCGUAUCCAAAGUCAAGGUUUUGCAGAGGUGUUCCUGAUCCCAAGAUUAGAAUAUUUGACUUGGGAAGGAAAAAAGCAAGAGUUGAAGACUUCCCACUGUGUGUGCAUCUUGUGUCAGAUGAAUAUGAGCAACUGUCCUCGGAGGCACUUGAAGCUGGUAGAAUCUGUGCAAAUAAGUACAUGGUGAAAAACUGUGGUAAAGACCAGUUUCACAUCAGAAUGCGGCUUCACCCCUUCCAUGUAAUUCGUAUAAACAAAAUGUUGUCAUGUGCUGGAGCUGACAGGCUCCAGACUGGAAUGCGUGGUGCAUUUGGAAAACCUCAGGGCACAGUGGCUCGUGUAAGAAUUGGUCAGCCCAUAAUGAGUGUGAGGACAAGUGAUCGUCACAGAGCUGCCGUGAUUGAGGCACUCCGCCGUGCCAAAUUUAAAUUCCCUGGUCGCCAGAAGAUCUAUGUUUCCAAGAAAUGGGGUUUCACUAAAUAUGAGCGUGAAGUCUAUGAGAAACUUAGAGAUGCAGGAAGGCUUGCCAGUGAUGGAUGUAAUGUGAAAUACCGCCCGGAACAUGGUCCACUUGAUGCUUGGAAGAAAGUUCAAGUAGAAUUGGCACAGAUGGCUUAACUCAAAUUAUAUGAUUCUUGAAUGAUUAAAAUCUUUGGAAACCUGAAA